CGCCGGCACCAUGAUGGAGGAGAUCGACCGGUUCCAGGUGCCCACCGCGCACUCGGAGAUGCAGCCGCUGGCCUCUUCCAUGGCUAAAUGAAUCGGAACCAGCAAAUGAAAUUACUAUGCUCUCACUUUGAUUGACUGCCUGGUGAGUGAGGAGGAAGGACCCAGCCGCCGCCUCCAUCUCAGACGGAGACUGUGAUGCCCGGGAGGGUGAGUCAGUAGCCAUGAAUUACAAACCAUCCCCGCUCCAAGUAAAGCUGGAGAAGCAACGGGAGCUGGCCCGGAAGGGCUCCCUGAAGAAUGGAAGUAUGGGUAGCCCUGUAAUCCAACAACCCAAGAAGAACACUGUCAUGGCCCGGACAAGGCUGGUCGUUCCCAAUAAAGGCUAUUCCUCGCUUGACCAGAGCCCAGACGAGAAGCCACUGGUAGCCCUUGACACUGACAGCGAUGAUGACUUUGACAUGUCCAGAUACUCCUCUUCUGGCUACUCCUCUGCUGAGCAGAUCAACCAAGAUUUGAACAUCCAGCUGCUGAAGGAUGGCUACCGGUUAGAUGAGAUCCCCGACGACGAGGACCUGGACCUCAUUCCCCCCAAGUCCGUGAACCCCACUUGCAUGUGCUGCCAGGCCACGUCCUCCACUGCCUGCCACAUUCAGUAGUGGGUGGGGCCGCCGCAGCCAAUGGAGCCGGGCCACUGGGGGCCAGGUUAGACAGGGCAGGGGCAGACCCCUCCCCAGCUCUUCUGCCAGCCCCCCGGCCCCGCGUCCCCUACAGCCGCCAACCUCGUAAAAGUCAUUGCUUCCUCCUAUGGUAGGACGUGUACCUCUGUGUGUUCAUGGAGCCGGAGAAACCAAAACCGGGUCUCUCUCUACCCCAGAAACUGAGGAGGGGAAGGGGCUGUUUGUCCAGUUACUUGGGGGACUUUGCCCAGCACCUUUUUGCUCUCCCAAAGCUACAGUCCAGUGGGAGAGUGGGGGACUGGACAGCAGGGAGGCCAACAGUAAUGAGUGGGAGGGAUCACAAAGCCAGGGGCUUGGCCCCACCCCAAGCCAUGAACCCCCAGCCCAGUAAGGAAACAGACUCUGAGGUAGAAAGGCCCAGUGGAGUGGGGGCAAGGCCUAGCACCUCGGAGCCCCUCCAGCAGCCCCUGUUGGCCAUGUACCUAUUUGCAUUUCUCCCCUCAUCUCCAGAUGGGAAGCCUGGCAAAGUUGCCCAGUGGAAUAUUGUCCCCCACCUAUCGGAUCACUGCCUACUUCUUCCUCUUUGCCCCAUUCACCCCUCCCUCCCUUCUUUCCUUCCUUCCUUCCUUCCUUCCUUCCUUCCUUCCUUCCUUCUUUCCUUAUUCUCUGAGUUGAGGGUAAGAGGCCUUAGAGACAGGCCAGAGUUUGGGAUGGUUGGGAUGGUAUGAUCUGUCCUCACCUGACCCUAACCAAUGUAUCUCCCUGCCAACCCCCUCCCCCCCCCACACACACACAUAUACACACACUCACACACACAAAUGCUUCUGUUCGUUGGCCUCUGUCCCAGGCUAGAAGCAGGAGGUAAUACUAGCCUCGAAUGCCCCAUUCCCAUCUCACUCCAGCCCAAGAUUUCAAAUCCUUCUUCCCAGUAAGAACCUUCAAGGGAGCAAGCUUAGGAGAAUGCUAUGGCUGCCUGUGUGCAGGGAGCACUUGAUAGGAUGCGUGUGUGCCUGCGGCUGUCAGGGUGUGCGUCUGUCUCUGUGCGGGCCUGUCUUUUUAGAUGUCCGCUUCUGUCCUAGAUGGUGAGGAAGUGACUGUGUGGUCUGUUAACAGUGUGAGAGGCAGUGCAGUGGACUGAGAGCCCUGGACUGGGACUCAGCCUGGUUCUCUAGCCCCAGCUCUGUCUCUGUCCCGGUGGUCUUCAACAAGCCGCUGCAUUCCCUGGGCUUCAACUGUCAAAUGAGCAGCGUCUGAACGUUCUGAAGAAACUUUGUCAGGGGAAUUUCUGUGGAGGGGUAUGGGGGGGUCUCUGUGUGUCUUUGAGUACACCUAGGAGGCUUCCUGAGUUGUAUGUCUGUGUGAAAAGGAGAAGGGGGAGUUCCUAUGGGACCUGUGUAUGUUUGAGUGCAUGCAGAUCUAUUUGGGAAUACAUGUGUGUGUGUCUAUGAAUGUGUAUGUGUGUGAGUAUAUAUUGAGUAUGUGGGUAUAUGGGGUGUCUGUGAGUCAGAAUGUGUGUAUUGCUGUCUCUGCUGCAGUUGCUGGGGCGGGGAAGAUGCCAGAGAAGCUGAUGAUGAAAGUCAAGGUCCUCCCCUGGGACUGGGCAAUAUAGACCUGCCCCAUGUAAAGAAAAAUGAAAGCACAGUUAGCCUAAGACUGCUCUGGUCUAUGCCCCAAAAAACCCCAUAUCCCAGGGCCAGGGUGUAUACCCUCCAUUCUUCCAUGCUGCCACCUCACAGCCCAUUCCCUGGGAGGUGGAGCUGGAAGGGGGAGAGGGAAAUGAGAGAAUAAGGCUGCUACUUAGGAAGGAUAGCAGCUCUCCCUGUACUAUACCCAGGGGUCGCCAGCUCCAACGUACUAAGGUGAAGCUCUCCAACCCCUAACCCAGCCCUACCUCCUCUUGUACAGGAACCCUGGUUAGAUGAUGAGAAAA